UAAGAUAAAAGCAGUGAUUUAUAUCUACAUUUAAAAUUCUGCAAACUUUUCAACAUACGAAUCAGACAUGCUCGUUUUUUACGUGGUCGUUUCAGCCCUAUGUUUUCUUUCGGAAUGUUACCAACUGCAAGAAGAUUCUCCAAUCUGCAUAAAAUAUAGCUACAUAGUAGAAUGUUCUGGAAUAGAUAAUCCCGACAAUCUUAGAAAAACUUAUCACAAAUUAUUAAGAAGUGAAAUUUGUUCUAAAACUGAGGAUGUCAAAUUGUUUCAAAUAGUAAUGUCUCACUUUUCGUACAUUCCUCAUGAUUUGUUGAAAGGUCAUGACAAUAUCUACAGCAUAGAUAUAAGAAACACUACUUUAAUGUCUCUGAGUGAUACAGACACCGCUUUUGUAGGGGCAGAAAUCUGGAAGCUCGAAAUGCGGCAUUGUGUCCUGUUUGGGGAUUUCGAUUGGAACCAACUACGAAACGUGACGCAGCUGCAAGAAAUUGUGCUGAUAGAUAUUGGCUUAAAGUACAUUGAUAUUGAUGCGAAAUUCCCCCAUUCGUUUAAUUUAAAGGAGUUAACUAUAAAAUACAACAGCAUUUCAUACAUAAGUGAUCAAGCAUUUUCCGAAUUUGUUAAUCUUAAAAAUUUACAAUUAAGUGACAACAAUAUAUCGAAGUUGAAGAGAAGCAUGUUUCCGAACUUGCUCUCAAAGAUUGAUUUGAACAACAAGAUUUCAUCUCUCCCAUCUGAUCUUUUCACAAGUAUGCCAAAUCUGAAAUAUCUUAAUUUGGAUAGAAAUGGUUUUCAAACUCUUGACCAGACGCUGUUUGCACCCAUCUGGAAGAGCUUAAUUUGGUUUAAUAUAGAAGACAAUCCAUUGAGGUGCGAUUGUAGAAUAAAGUGGAUACUCCUUCAUCCUUUUCCGGGGGAAAUAUUUUCCGGAGAAUGCGUGGAACCCAAUGAAUUGAAGGGAAGAUAUUUGGAAUCAUUAGAACACUUAGAGCUUUCGUGCUUCUGAAAAAAUGGCUCUAAAUUUGAAGUAUCUUAUUUGAAUCUAGUUAUAUUUUCUAGCAGAAUAAAAGGUUAACUGAUAUUCUU